UACCUGCUGUUGCUUCAAAUCUCUCAAGAACUCCUGAUGGGUAUGUUUGGCUUUGGAGAUUUCCUGGGAAUGGACAUGGUGUGAGGCAUGCAUCAACUUCCAUCCUGGACCAGGAAAGCAAUUUAUCGGUCACGAAGCAGGAGACAUAUUUGUACUUCUUUAAUGACAACAGCAUUCAAUUCUUUAAACAAAGUGCCUUUGACAUUCACACCCUUUGCCUUUCUCACGAGCAUGAGCCUUUUUCGCUUAGAUAAUGUCCUUCGGACCAAACGUAGAAGAAAGGUCAAAGCACCACCAUAGUUUGGACGGCCAAAACUUUUGUAAGGAGUGUAACUAAGCUUAUAGAAGAGCUAGCCGGGGGUAAAUGUUGUGAGCAGCAAGUGCUAGUGUGAAUG